GGCGUUGAUGCGAGAAGGCGCCACCAUCUUUGGGCCACCGGGGACCCCGGAGUCUGGUGGCUGCGGAACGUAGGUGGGUAGGUGUGCGAGGUUACGACACCUCCGGUCUCGCGGCUUUGCCUCUCUUCCCCCAUCCCCUUCCACCCCGAGCCAAGAUGCCGCAGUACCAAACCUGGGAGGAGUUCAGCCGCGCGGCCGAGAAACUCUACCUCGCCGACCCUAUGAAGGCACGUGUGGUUCUCAAAUAUAGGCAUUCUGAUGGAAGUCUGUGUAUUAAAGUAACAGAUGAUUUAGUUUGUUUGGUGUAUAGAACAGACCAAGCUCAAGAUGUAAAGAAGAUUGAGAAAUUCCACAGUCAACUAAUGCGACUUAUGGUAGCCAAGGAAUCCCGCAGUGUUGCCAUGGAAACUGACUGAAUGGUUUGAAAUGAAGACUGUCAUGUUCUUAGGAAGUAAAUAGAUAAUCUUUUGAAUUUGAGGAAGUGUUGGGACAGAAAAUACUUUAUGUAACUAAGUGGGAUAUUCAAAGGCCGAGAGAUCAUUUUUUAAUGUUUACUUUAGAGAGCUAGGAAUGUAAAUACUUUCAGUUAGAAAGCCUCUAUUUAUUUUUGGAAAUUAAACAUGAAAUACAUCUAUCUUAGAAACUUUGUGCAGAUAAUUUGAUGUUAGGCAAAAUAUAUAAUUAUUUCUUUGGUAAAUUUGUAUCAGUAAUUUGAGAAAGAAGUUAAGAGAAGCCAAUCUUCCUUAAUUUACUUCAUCUGUCUUUAAAAGAAAAUUAAAUGUAGCCAUUUUACUGGAUCGAUAAUUCUUUUGGAGCAUAAAAAUCUGUGCUGUUGAUGACCAGUAAGUAGAUAAUAUGGUAACUGGGAUUAACUAUGCAUAGUAAUACACUUAAUUAAGUAUAGUAGUGUAGUCUCAAUUAUAUCUAAAGGAAUUUAUGAAUUACAAGUAUUCCUUUACCUUAAACUUUCCAGAUUUAAACUGUAUUUUUGACUGUAAGGUAUUUGUAGUAUCCUUAGCACACUGAACUGUAAUUUAUUUGAAACCAGUUUUCAGUGAUCAGAAAUAACUGCAAUUACUUUGAAUACAUGAACUGAAUGAUGGUCACUAAUGACUGAAAUCACCAUGUUACAGAAAUAUUUACUACGUAUAUCCUGUCUAUAAUUUCUCAGAAGGGCUAAGGAUUAUUUGAACUGUUAAAUCUUUGCAUACCUCUGUAACACCCCUGCCCAUUUUCUUUUUAUUUAACCAAGAUGUUAAGCAUAAACUGUUAUGAUAUUAGUUGAUAUUUAUCUUGUAUUUGUAACUUGGGUUUUGCCACCUAAAUGUAAUUUUCACAUGUUGAUUACGCAAGAGUAAAAUGAAGGCACUAUACAUUAAAAUAUUUUUUAUUAGGAAUUUGUCAUGUUGAGCAACAUUUUAUGUACAGUUCCAUUGGCCAUUAUUAUGAAUUUUGGAAUGUUUCAAAGAGGUCAGCAAAUAAAAUAUUAUAUGAAU